UGUCAAGGAAAUGGUUUCUUGUUUUAAUUGAUAAAAACCUCUCGCUAUGUAGUCUAAAGAAAAUUUAUUCUCAUUUUGUAUAGCAUAGUAUGGACAAUACGACCCCAUUUCAACCGUGGGCAGUGAAUGAUAGUUCUAAAAAUGUUGAAACAGAAAGGGAAUUAGUGGGUGACGCAAAACUUCAUCGGGAAAAUGUCAAUCAUUCAAAACAUAGGCAAACUGCGUCUUACGAUAAAGAAAGUGCCGUUGCUGAAAGCAAUAUUCCAGGAGCAUCAAGUUCCACCCAUUCAGACUCCCUGCCGCUUAGUCAGGAAGAGUCCAAAAUGGACUCGGCCAAAAUAGCUUCUAUGCAACAAAUUGUUGAGAAUACACUAAGUCAAGAGGGGCGGCAGAGGGUCACACAACUGUUGGAGGCAGUUGAAGGUUUGAGCGGCACAGAAAGACUAUUGUUGUAUCUGCGACUGCCGACGGGUGUGCCUCCACAUGAUCCGUUGAAACAACCAAUCAAUCCACUAGGAUCAAGGGCGGAACUUCAGCAAACUGUGACCUGGAUUCAGACGCACUUAGAAGUGGACCCAGAUGUAUCGCUUCCGAAGCAAGACGUCUACGAUGAGUAUAUCGCUCACUGUAUGAGUAGUAACAUGAAGCCUCUGUCAACUGCAGACUUCGGCAAGGUGAUGAAGCAAGUGUAUCCAACGGUGAGACCAAGACGCCUGGGAACACGGGGAAACUCAAGGUACUGCUACGCCGGCUUACGUAAGAGGGUGAAACUUGAAGUACCCCAGUUACCCGAUUUGGGCGAAUCAUCAAAGGAACCUUCUUCCACAUCGCGUGAAACGGAGCGAAUUAUAUGCGACUGGGCAGAAACUAAAUUAGGUGUACAGUUCAACAGUAUAUUUGAGCUAUCGCGUCACCUGUCAUCACUGAGCACGUGUCACAGGGCGCCGCCGGGACCUUCCAGCGCGUCUCCGCCGCCUAUUCCAGUUCACGUGCCCACUGAAGAAACACCGGGGGCUCAUCUGAUGAAACAAUUAAAACGGAAACUACAGGGCACACCCGGCAGGCCGAAGAAAAACAAAGCUCAAAUGAUGGUGGAGUCCCCGCCGUCCACCUCGUACGUAAGUCAGCACUCGUCUGUUAAACACGAGGAGGUGUUGGGGACCGAGGGCUACUCUUACCAGCCGCCGUACGUGCCGCUGUACGAUGUGCGGGCGCCCUUCCCGUACCCGCCGCCUGCCCCUCACCCCGCGCUCCCCUUGCACGAAUACCGACCCGACCCUUACGCGUUCGAGCAACCCUACGCUCCCCGAGACCUCACUCUCCCUCCGGACACCACGCACAAUCUACCCAUCAACCUCAGCAGCGACGCGGGCGCCUCUCUCGACCUCUCCACCGAACGCACCGAAUGGCAAAGAAGGAGGCCCCCCGACCCUCAUACGCCGCGAUUCCCACUCCCCGGGAAAAAAUUAAUAUUGGAAACAUACCAAAGCGAAACGCGAGCCGGGUCGCCCCGCUCGUCCCACACAGAAACCUACUUACCGAAAAAAAUGCGCGCCGCCGAAAUACUCGGGGGCAAAUCUGCCGCCCCGAGGCAGACGGUCAUCGCGCCUGACCCGUCCUCUAGUAUCGGCGGUGUUGAAUCCUGUCCUACACGUUCCGAGAUUGCUUUUUUAGAGGAUCCAAAAAACUUACCGAGCCGGUCCAAAAGCACCGCCGCGGCGCUGGCCCGGGGAGAACAGGAGGCGGCGAGUCCGACACAGUCGGUGAAGGCUCCGACGCCUAAGUGCGAUCGCGUACCAUUCAAAGGUUGCAGUCGAGCGAAGAAUACCGACACCGCCGAUCGGUCUGAAGUAACGGCGACUCCAGAGCAAUGCUGUGAUAUUGACGGAUUUAACAUAAAGACAGGAAUGAUUUGCGAGGAGAAACAUUCUGAGAUUCUCAAUCGAGAGAGAGUCAUCAGUAUAUGUAAUAUCGACAAACACGACCUGGAUGAUUAUCUCAACGAAAACAAUAGCCAGGAGCAUGAAGAAGAGUUGCUGCAAUACUUCCAUCCUAAAGACGAUCGAGGCGCCCCCACAAAUGUCAAUGCGACAGCAAAUAAAAAUGAUAAUUUUUUAGAAAGGAGUCGGGAUGCACACGACGAACACAGUCAGGGGAAAAGUGAAAAAAUCUCGCAACUGAGGGAGCUGCUAGCUAAAAAUUUAAAAAACCAGUGUGGUACUACCACACAAAACGUCAGCAGUAACCAGGAAACUCAGGUCUCAAUUCAAAAUCCCGAGGAAGUGAAUAAACAAUUAAACUCAUCCGAAGGUGCUUUUAAGCCCGUCCCUAAUCAAGAUAUUAACGUCAACGAAUCGAAUAUAGUAAAUCAAAAUAAUGUAAAUGGCGAAAAACACUGUAAUUCGACUCCACAUGAAAAUGGUAUUUCAGCUGUAUACAAUACCGAUAUUACUCAAAAUGCUUUGCUAAAUUCUGUUGGGUCUAACUUGUAUAAUGGAAAUUGCAUCAAUGAGCCGCAAAGCCCUACGACAAGAACUCAGCAAUAUGACUUUGUUCCCAUUUCAGAAGGAUGUCAUUCACCAGGAAAUUUCAAUUCGAAAUCUCCAUUGGGUUUUGGUCAUAGAGUGAACAGUCCGUCUAAAACGAAUAAACCUUCAAUUAUGACUGGGUCACUACAAACAUCCCCUGUAUCGCAUAGUACUGCGGCAAGUCCAUUUGUUAGUCCUAGGAACACACCCGUACCAAGAUCACGUUUGUGUUCCAGACCAAUUCCAAAACACAAUGGUAAUAGGAAACGGCGCAAUCCUCUCACCUUGGGUGUAGGAGAAGCUUGCGCAAAUAACAACAGACAAUUUGCAAUACCAACUGACCAAAAGUUUAUUUCUAAAACAUCCAUGUCGUGUAACGCUAGUAUAAAAUACUCACAGCCAAUGUCGGCGCCGCCGUCUCCUAAUAUUUUGUCCCACUAUAAAUAUCAAUCCCAGAUGUCUGUCGUUCCAAACGGUGUCAACAACAUAUGUUUAUUCACUGCGAAUUCAUUUCGAGAAAAUAUGAAUGGCGAAACUCCUCACCCGCUAUCAGCGGAUCCCUUAUCUAGUGAAGUUAGUCGAUUUUUUCAAGAACCAAUAGUAAACUAUCGUCAUGGACAUGAUAAUUCAUUUAGAUCACAGUCUGUUCCCUUAAAACAAGCGAUCAAUAAUGUCGGUCUACUAAGUUACAAUAAUACGCCUGUAGGAUCGGUACCACCAACACCAGUGCCUAACGAGUUUUGUGACUUUGGUUCUCUUGCUGAUUGUGAUAUAUCGAAAGCUGGGCUUAAUCCGGAAACUUUAGAUAAAAUCUAUGAUGCAAUUGAUAGCAGCAAUGAAGUUCUCUCAACAGCAACAUCAACCAGUUUGUUAAACACUAGUGAAUCCUUGACUAAUGGUUGUGAUACAUUAGCAGAUCAACAGAUCUUAACUGAGGAACAGAUGAGCACGUUCAUCCCAACUUCAGGAAAUAUAUUAGAUAGAACCCAAUUUCCAGACACAUUUGCUAAUAAUUCUGGUCCAAGUGAAAAUGUCCAUGAAUUUCUAAAGAGAACUAACAGUGUAGAAUUUGACAUUCCCGGCCUGGAGUCGGAGAAGAAUAAAUACUACACGUCAUCUCGCUCCGUUCCCAGUACACCUUUGCCUUACAAACGUGUUGGACCAAAUUUACAAAUAGAUUCACGUCGUUCAAGGGAGUUGUUUAGCGCGGAGGCUUUUGUCAAUCUUUCUAAUGGGAUAUCAUCCAAAUCAGUGCCAUCCACUCCGCAGCUCGUGGAAGAGAGGAGUGCGUUUAGUUAUAGCAACAGGGAUUUCUUGAUUAAUGGUAACUCCGUUGAACUCUGCAGUACCGCUCAGUUGCGUACUGUGGUCGAUAAUGACCAAGGGCUAACUUCGCCGCUCGAUGUUCUACGCGAGGAUAUUCUAGAACCCCUCACCCCAGCAACCGACUUGUUAUCUGAUCUAGACAAAAUAGACACCGCUCCAUACGUAGAUCUAUAAGAUGUAAGUAUUCUUAAUUAGGUAUCUUUAGUUCUUCUACAGUUAGGUACCAAAUAUUUGGAUAUCUGGAUUCAGUACAAUGUUUGUAUACCUUCAAUGAAGGUCCUAAAUAAGGUUAUAAUAUCAUUUUUCAGUACUUGUUAUUCUCCUGAAGUUCGAGUCAAUAAAUGCGUUUAUUUGUAAUUAAUAAUUCUGCUGUAACAAAAGAAUAAGCUGCAUAGAAAUUAUUUAUGUGCAUCUUUUUCCUGCCGGGUUCAGCCUGAUCAAUCGAUUUCAAAUUCAUUAUGUGCCUAUUAUAAUGCCCGAGGUGACAUCGAACUUUUCUAUAAACGUUUUAUGCAAAGUGUGAUAAAAUCCACAACAUUGAAUUUGUGGACUAGAAUAUAAUAGGUUUACUAUCACAAACAAUAUAUUGUUAGACCCAGUGCAGAAAUGUCGUCAUUUCCCAUUCGGUCUUCUUGUAAACCAUCUGACCAAAAUAGCGGGCCCAGCUCGCUCAGAGGUUUUCCAAUACGAAAUGUAGGAUAGGAUAUAGUUUGUUAAAAUGAAUUUAUUGUAAGUUAGCACAAAGAUUUAAUAUAUUUUAUUACGAAUAGGAGAUUUAUUCUGACAUUUACUAACCACAUUUGAUGUGGCCAUUAAAAUUUAACCCCGGCUAUAAAUAGCCAUUUUACAUUGGUUCUCUUAUCUCGCCACUACAAAAUUGUUGCAAAAUUUGGAAACAUUGCGUUUUUGGUUUACUUUAAUUUAAUUCGCGAGAGUCACGAUGUAGUUCAUUUUUAUAGAUGUAUCAUCCAUAUUUUGUUUGAAAGUAAUUGUGUCUAACAGUCAAUAAAAAUGUUAAUAGGGUAUAUGCAUAUGAUGCAAUAAAGACUAUUUUUUAUUUUUUAGAAUAAUUCCUAGAUACUUUUGAUGAUAAUUUUAUUUUGAGCAAGACAAUAACUCUGGUAAUAUCCAUUAUUUAUGACGCCACUGGUCAGAGUGUAUUUCCAUUAAAAGAAUGGUGACAAUAAUGUCAAUUCUCAACCAAAUAUCUCCGUUGGUUUACUGUUAUGAGCUGUGACGUCAGUGUUCGCGCGCAAGCGUUUAAAGUGUGCUCGUCGUUACUUUAUGCAUGUGUCAUUAUUUUUCAUAAUUAUCUAGCGAUGUAUAUUUGCAUCGAAUAAAAAAAAUAUGCAUAUUCCCUAUUAAAUAAAGCUGCGUAGUUUAUUAAUAAAUAAUACAAUUAUUCGACAGGGAUAUACAGAAUGUACCUAAUGUUAGAGAAUCUGAAGACUGUUACAAUGUUUGUAAAUACCUAUUUUGAAAGCAUGUCUUUAUCACCGUUCAUAACAAUUUCAAUUGUAUACCAGUUUGUCUACAUUAUGUACAUAACAUACUGUAAUAGGUUUUUAUAAUGUUGACGUUUGAGCUGCUGUUAAACGAUUUUGAGGCUCAGCGUAAGCUAAGAGGGCAGAGUUCCGUAAAGCUCCUGUUUUUGACAGUUGACACAGACAUGUAUCUACGAUGCGGGUAGUUGUCGAAAUAUAUUUUCAUAAACUCAUAUUUGCAUAUCAACAUCGACAUGUUAACUUUCUAGAGUCCUAAUCCGUGAUUUAUAUUCGUAAUGCAAAUAAUAAAGUCAACCAGCUGAAGUGUGUCCGGAUGCUGAACGCUCAUUGGUCACAAUCACAAUUCACAAAAUCACUACUGGAUGUAAAAGAUCUAUUUUCCAAAUAUGGUAUCUGAAAGCAUUCUGACUUUACUUGGCGUUUGGGCUUAAAAUCAAAGCGUAUCAACGAUUAUAGGCCAUUGUCUAAUUAUAAAACAAUUUUUUGUUAUUCGACACAGUUUUGGACGCACUAAAUUAAUUUUUUUUUGUCAAGCAUCUGCAUGCUGGCACUACAAUUGCGUCGCAAACGUCGAAAACUUAAAAAGUUGUUCAUACAUUAGAAGAUUUGGUCUGCACUACGUGUAGGGUUACCAUCCGUCCGAAUUAAUUCGGACAUAUCCGGACUUUUAGACUCUAGUCCGGAUUUUAUUUAUAUUUAGAUGGAAUAUAGUAAUAAAACUUUUUAUUAACUAAUAUAUGUAUAUAUGUAUAUAUAUAUAUAUAUAUUUUUUCUUUUCGAAAACGAUAUCUGUACGAGAUCAGCUUUCAAAAAUCCAGACUUUAAUCAAGAUGUCAGGUUUUUGGUCCGGACUUUUCAAAUCACUAAAUGGUAACCCUAACUGCGUAGGAAUGCAUCUCAGCAUAUGCUGAGCCUCACAGUAGCUCAACACAUUUUGUAAAUAUUUUGCUUAAUUAAUGUUAAUAAUAUAUUUUAUACGUGUAACACACAUACAUAACUGUAGGGUUUUCAUAUACCUUACGAGCUUACCACAAAUAAGUCAUCCGUUCCUCACAUGACUUAUAAUAGUUGACGAAGCCUGACGAGUCAGCCUACAAAAGAUUACUUCCUGUGAUUGCCGAUUUUUUGAGGUUGUCUAUCUUUGUAUCCAAACAAUGAUAAAAGGUUUUUAUCUAUGGUUGUCAAGACUAUGGCAGGCUUCAUUUAAAUUCUGGAAAGUACUUUUCUAAAAUGUUAGGCACAACAAAAUACACAUUAAGUAUUAGAAUAUUGCAUAAACCUUCAGCACUAAGAUUUUCUUGAGCAUAACAUAAUAAAUUUGAAUUAAAUAAGGCUCACACCAGCUGUAUGAUAGCAUAUUAUUGGACAAUCUGUUUUUAACUUUUUUUUAUAAUGACAGUCAGAAUAAUAAUCUAUUAGAAUAUAGCCACGAGCCAAACCAAAGAAGUCAAUUAUUUUAUAGAAUAAAUUCAUUAUUAGUAUGAAUUUUAAUAGAACAACCAUUAAAUAACAAUUUUACCACAAGGUGACCGGAAUCAGUGAAUCACUAUCUUAUGAAAACAUUUCUCAUGAAAAAGAAUAAAUUAUUGUCUCGAUAUUUUUGUUCUACUACAAAAAUACAACAAUUUUACAGAGAGCAUACAAAUCAGCGGCCGCAACAAUACUGUGGACCAAAAUCUAAAUAAUACAGGAUAACGAAUUUUAUCUGGGACCCUCUUUUACAAAUUUUUACUGUCCUAUAAAGCAAUGUUUUGAGGGAUAGUAAGAUAAUGUAUACACAAACAUUAAUUUAAAAUUGAGUUGGACAAUAUUGUUUUUCUUUCUCGCACUUGUAGCAUUAUGUAAUCUGUGAAAAUCCAAGAGCACAGUACAAGACGUCCUAAGUUUUCGGAAAAUCAGGAAUUAAGAUAACAAAGUUAGACAUUGCUUUCAUUAAAACAUUUAAUUCAAUAAUCUAUACAUAUUUAAUAAAACCCUACUGUUAUAUAUACUAAUAAAUUACUUUGGUAUUAACCAAAUAUUAUGUUAACUAUGUGUGAAAAUCGAUGUUAUCUGUUUAGACUCUAAACUUGAUAGUUAAUUUGUGUAAGAAUUAAAUUUUUGCACUAAUUCCUUUAAAAUAAGUCUAUAUUAUUUACUAUAUAUUUAUAUAUUGUGAUUUAAUUUCUUUGUUUUGAAAAAUUUUAAAUGAAGUUCCACUUAUUUAUAUAUUGCCUAUUCUUUAUAAUUUUUUGACUAGAUAUUUUAUGCCAAAUUGUUACUGUUGAAUUAUGCUCACAUAUACCAUUUAUUGUUUUUUUUUUUUUUUCAAAAUAAGUUGAAGGGCUUUGCUUGGUAAUGAAAAUAUAUAUAAAAGUCUAUGCAGUGUUAUAUUCAUCAAUCUAAGAUCAUUUAUACGUCUAGAUGACAGUGUGAUAGUAUGACAGCUGUGAAAACGUCGAAAAAAAUUGAGAUUUACAGUUAUCCUAUAUUUUGAGCAAUGCACGCACACUAACAAAAAGUGACAUACAUAUUGCGAGUGUAAGACGUAGCUUGUCACUCACUCUAAAGUAAGAAACCUGGCCUGUUUUUAUGGGUUGUCUACCAGCAAUUGACUAUCUAAGACGUAUAAAUUCUCUAAGACAUAAAUCAUCAUACUACCAUAUUAUCAUAUAAGUGCUUCAAUUAUCAUAUUCGGUCUAAUGAUUUGAAAUCUGCCUUCAAAGAAAAAUUUGUAGUUCAAUCCCAACAACAUUUUGCUCUCAGUUUGGAAGUUGAACGAAUAAUGAGAUUGUUGUGUGUUAAGUAAGAACCCUCAAUUCAGGAAUUAUAUCGAUACCUCAGUUCCAAAGUGUAAAAGGUCUAGAUGAGUAUAAGAAAUUGUUCCAUUAAUCGAGAAACAAGUCGAUAAGUGAAUGCUGUUUAAUUUUGUACUUCCAAUAUAUCUUCAUAAGUUCGUUUCAUACAGUAUCAACUCGUUUUGAAAAAGUGUAAAUUACUUUAACAUCGCUGUGAUUUGAACGCCGAUGAAACGAAAAAGAGCCAGUCACAUAAAUUCAUAAGGUUUAACGUGUGAGAAAAUGAGAUAGGAAUCAUACAGUAUUUUGGUACCAGGCGAUCAUAGUUGAAGUAGAGAUUGUCUUAUGUAUGACGCGAUUAUACCUUUAUAUAUUCUGAUCAUGCGCACCACUUUAUUACUACAUAAACUCUAGGAGAACAUAAAUAUGGUAGCGGUGAUAGUAAUGUCUUUCAUAGCGGUUGAAAUCAUUUGUCAUCCCAGCAACAUGUACCAGGACUUCAUAUGCAGUUUAGAGGUUCAUGCACGCAAUUUUUUUGCUCUUUAGGAACUCUUUUCUGUUGUUACUCUUUGGAACUGAGGUAUAGAUGUAUGAAUUGUUAUUUCAUCAAAAUUUGCUCCUUUCACAAUUACUAAUAUACAAGUCAAAAUGUAUCUGUCUGUCUGCAAAGACUUUAGUAUAUGAGUCUUCCUAAACCAUUAAGUUAAAAGCGCAAGACCAUCAAACGACCCCUUUACUAGACUACUAAUGACUGCAAUGAACUAAAUUUAAUGAUUUUCAUUUAAAUAAAUGGUAUGUGUGAGUUAGUUUUUAGUAUUUACUAUUUAGACAUGGUCUAUACAGACAUGAAAUGUCAUUUUUAUUGCGUCGGUACCUUAGGAACAAUUAUUAUACAAUGCAUUGAAUACAUUAAAAUAUUCUUGUUUAUCAAAAUCAAUAAUGAAAAACAUGUUACUGAGAUAAUACAUUUGUACAUACAUACACAUACAUAGUUGUAUCGCUAAUUUAAAAUGUAAACACAUGACAUGGUUUUAAUUUUUUUAUUACGUUUUAAUUAAUUGUAAUUGUUUUUAUUAUUAGAUAUUUUUAUUAAUUUACGGUAGGUGUAAGUAUAAAUGUUUAUUUUAUAAGAUUUGAAAUAUCCAUGUUGUUGAUUAGUCUUAUGGCUGUUGAAAAACACACCAUUUGCAGUGAUAAUAAAUGGUAUGUUAAUAUAACA